UUCCUCACCACUGUGACCAGCAGCGCCCCUGUAGACGCAUGCACGUCACUGGUCACGUGCUUUCUACAACGAUUCGCUGAAGUUGGAGAAAAAGUUUGACAAGCCUAAAGAUCAUCGGGACAGAGAGAGCUGCUAAAGAUCGAGGAAAGGAGACACAUUGACGACACAAAAACCUUCUCUAUCUCCUGACGCACAAUGGAGUCCGCCGCCCAGAAAGUGCUGUCUUCGGGAUUCACUCUUGACUUGGGGCCCCUGAAAGAACCGCUGGCGUUCAUCCGCUUGCUAGAAUGGGUGUUCUCCAUAUUUGCCUUUGCUACGACUGGAGGUUACAGCGGCGCCACCAGCAUCAACGUCCAGUGCCAAGGGGGUGCCAGUCAAGAAAUACAGGCAGACUUUAACUACCCAUUCAGGUUGAUGCAGCAUCCCUAUAAGGUUCCUGACUGCAAAGUCAAUCAAACCACUACUACUGAGUACUUCCUGACUGGAGACCAUACAUCCUCGGCACAGUUUUACGUCUGCAUCGGAGUGUUGGCCUUUCUCUACUCCACUGCCACACUAGUCCUCUACUUGGGCUUCCAGCACGUAUACAGAGCAACUAGUCGUGGCCCCACUGUGGACCUGUUGGUGACUGCCGCCUUGGCCUUCUUGUGGUUGGCAUCAUCCUCUGCUUGGGCUAAAGGCUUGUCUGAUGUGAAGUGGGCCACCAGUCCUGCAAACAUUGUGACUCUUGUUACGGUGUGCAAGGAUGUAAACAAGUGCACCCCAGGGGCCAUGCCUCACAUGGGCCGACUAAACGCCUCUGUGAUUUUUGGUUUUCUCAACCUCAUCCUGUGGGGCGGCAACUGCUGGUUCAUUUACAAGGAAACACCUUUUCACAAAUCAGCCAGCCCACCUGCAGAUGUGGAGGGGGGAGUCGGGCCAUCGUAACCGCGCAGCUUCAUCAAGUGAAUGAGUCGUUUUGGUACUAAUUGUUUAAAUGCUGUAGAUUACAAGGUAUACAUUUACAAAUCUGACUGCUCCUUUUUUUUUUUUUGCUAAGUAUUCAUUUUAUAAUUAGGGCUUUAUUUUCGCAAAUACACUUAGUAAAUUAACUAAAACUUGAUUUGUUAAUAGUCAAACUAAUACAGUAAAUUGUACCAGUCAAAAUAUACUUUCUCAAAGAUGCUCAGUUUGCAUGUUUUAACAUAUUUAUACCCAGGUAUCCAAAACAAAAUGACCCUUAUUUCAAACAGUACUGCAGAUGUGGACUGUGCAUCAUUGUUGGUGAUAAGUCAGAAUGAAGCAUUUCUGUACCAUCAGCAUUUUCUUUAAAAAAAAACUCAGGGCUGUUGAGAGUACGAAAUACAAAAUAGCUAACAAAUAUGAUAUACUUGAAGUGCCUUUAUUAUUAACAUAGGUCUAGACAAAAUCAAAUUUUAGCCCAAACCUAAACAUACAAUAGGCAUCAAAACAUGUAGUUAAAAUGAAUUCAUGUUGAAUAUUUGUUCUUUGGAACAUUAAUCCAAUUGCCGUUAUGAGAUUAUUUCUUAUGGGUGAAAGUAAUUUACUUUCAUCUUUUUGUGUCAUGUUGCGCCUCAUCAUUUCACUACAGAAGGCUUAAUUCUGCAGUCAAUUAAGUAUUUUAGACUAACAGCAUGUUCGUUCUUUAGGAUUUUUUCAUUUAACAAUUACAUUUAUUACGCAAUUCCCUAUGUUUUCAAUGGAUGUUAAUAAUGAUUUUUUUUAAUACCCCAGCAAGGUCUUGCAGUAUUUCAAAGCUAAUGUGGCUAAUGUUCUUUGUAUUCUAUAGCCUUAGCAAGUUUUAGUAACAGUUGACUGAUGUAUAACCUGUCACUAAUUUACAGUUUUUCUUGCUUUUGCCUGGCUUCUACCUUAUUGUAAGAUAAUAAGAUGAGCUAUUUACUUUAUUACUGCCAUCAUUAUGAUUUCCUACUUUGAUAUAGCCUUGCUUGAUUCACAGUUUCUAGCUUGAUCCACAACUGUGUUAAUAGAAGUGUCACAUAGACUGGAACUCCUGUUCCUUCUAGGAAGAAGUGGACAUGAAAUGCUGUGCAUCAUUAAAAGGAUGA